AUGGAAGAAUUAUUACCAGUUAUUAAUAGAUUACAAAGUAUCUUUGCCAUAACUGGUACAUGUUAUGAUAUUGUUCAACUUCCACAAAUUGUUGUUGUUGGUUCACAAAGUUCUGGUAAAAGUUCAGUUUUAGAGAGUAUUGUUGGAAGAGAUUUCUUACCACGUGGUUCUGGUAUUGUAACAAGGAGACCUUUACUAUUACAAUUAAUACAUGUUACUGAAGAGGAAAUUAUUAAUAAAAAACAAAAUUCUUCCUCAACAGAUGAUUAUGAGGAGGAAUGGGCAAUUUUUGAUCAUGAUACUGAAACGACAUAUACAGAUUUUAAUUUAGUUAGAAAAGAAAUAAUCAAAGAAACAGAUAAAGAAUCAGGUACAAAUAAAGGAAUAUCUGAUAAACCAAUAGGACUUAAGAUAUACUCUUCAAAAGUAAUUAAUCUUUCAUUAAUAGAUUUACCUGGUCUUACUAAAGUAGCUGUUGGAGAACAACCUGAAAAUAUUGAACAACAAAUAAGUGAUUUAAUAUUAAAAUAUAUUAAUAAUCCAAAUGCUAUAAUAUUGGCUGUAUCACCUGCAAAUCAAGAUUUUGCAAAUUCAGAAGCUAUUAAGUAUGCCAGAAGUGUUGACAAGGAUGGUAGUCGUACGAUUGCUGUUUUAACAAAAUUAGAUUUAAUGGAUAAUGGAACAGAUGCUACAGAAGUAUUGACAGGAAAAGUUGUACCAGUAAAAUUAGGUAUAGUUGGUGUUGUUAACAGAAGUCAAAGUGAUAUUGAUAAUAAUAAGUUAAUUAAAGAAUCAUUAAAAGAUGAAAUUGAAUUUUUACAAAAAAAAUAUCCAACAUUAGUUCAUAAGAAUGGAACUUUAUAUUUAUCAAAAUUGUUAAAUAAAAUUCUUUUAGGACAUAUAAAGAAAAAUUUACCACAAUUAAAAGAAAAAGUAAAUGGAUUAAUGCAACAAUUUCAAAAUGAAGUAUAUAUGAUUGGAGAACCUACAAUAGAUAAAUCUAGAGCACUUCUAAAUAUUUUAACAAAAUUUAAUUAUUCAUAUUGUUCUGUAAUUGAUGGUAGAUUUAAAAAUAUUGAAACAAGUGAAUUAUGUGGUGGUGCUAGAAUUAGUUAUGUAUUUCAUGAAACAUUUGCCAAAGCUAUUCAAAGUAUUGAUCCUUCAAGUGAUUUCACAGAAGAAGAUAUAUUAACGGCAAUGAGAAAUUCUAGAGGUAUUAAAACAUCAUUAUAUAUACCAGAAGAAUGUUUUGAGUUAUUAGUUAAACAACAAAUUAAACGUUUAGAGGAACCAUCUUUAAAUUGUGUUGAUAUUGUUCAUGAAGAAUUAAUAAGAUUAUUACAAAAUUGUGGUACAGAUUUUCAACAAGAAAUAUAUAGAUUUCCAGUUUUGGGAGAAAAUAUUAAUAAAAUAUUAAGAGAUUUAUUAAAAAAAAGAUUAGAGCCAACCAAAAAAUUUAUUGAAAAUUUAAUUGCUAUUGAAAUUGCAUACAUAAAUACAAAAAAUCCUGAAUUUGAAAAAAUUAUUAAAAAUACUAAUAUAUUUAGUAGAAUGAAAGAGAAUAAUACAAUGAGAAGUAAUAAAAAUACCAUUACAUAUAAAACAUUUGAUGAAGAUAAUUUAGAAAAUGUUAUACCACAACAAUCAAUUUUAAAAAAUGUUAAAGAUGAGGUUACCUCUGUUAAUUCUGAAACAUAUGAAAUGGCAACAGCACCUUGUUUUACACCAAGAUAUAGUGUUAGUAAUGAAAAAAUUGGAUAUAAAUUAUCUGAACUUGAAAAAAAUGUUUGUCAAUGGAUAUUAAAAUUAACCAAAGAAUAUUUUAAUAUUACACGUAAUCGUAUAUUAGAUUCUAUACCCAAAGCAAUAAUGCAUUUUUUGGUAAAUGAUAUUCGAGCUAAUUUACAUAAUGAAUUAGUAAGAAAUUUAUAUGAUAAAAGUAGGUUUGAUGAGUUACUUGUGGAGAAUGAUGAGAUUGAAAAAAGAAGACAACAUUCUAUUUCUACAUUGGAUGCAUUACAAAAAGCUGUAAAAAUAUUAAGUGAAAUUAAGGAAACGGUUAUCUUUUAA